AGAAAUGUUGAAUAAAAAAUAGAAAAAAAAGGGGAGUUUGAUAAAGACAAUCACCAGUGUGAUUAUUAACUUUGGAAAUUGUAUAUACAUAUUUCUUGUCCGUAUGCAUUAUUUUUAAAUUAUUUCUAAUACCCAUAUAGUUACUGUACUUUGAACUUCGACUAGAAAAAACAGUUCCACCUACCUGUGCCUAUAUUCUGUCGUGGUACACUCCCUAAAAUAUCAAUUUCACCCCCAUAAAAAUACACCCCCGCUCACGCAAAAGAUCUAUUAUAAAAUCUUAAAAAAAGCAACUUAAUGAUACGAAAAAGAAAAAACUAAAGUUAAAUUGGAUUAUUUUUCCUUUUGGUAAACAACACAUUAACCCUUUGGUAAAAAACAAUUAACACAGAAACCGAGAAAGGGCGCCCAACCGUCGUGACGUCUAUCUAUAUUGUGGAGCAGAGAGAGCGUCGGGACGGCCGGUCUGGAAUACAAUGUUUCGGAAGUGGGAUUGGGGAAUGUUGAAACAAGGAUCGACCGUGAAAAUGCGAAAUACGCAUGUUUUGCGGGAACGUUCCGAUCGUUUUAUUGUGAAAGUCGCCUUGUGGGACUAUCGAAUUCAUUUAUUAUACAGUAAUUUUCUGGUUGUUUGUGGUAUAUUUUUUUCUAUUUAAAAAAUCGUUUUUUUUUCUAGAUGUUUGAUAAUUUUUUGAUUAGAAGAAUAUUACAGACAAUAGACGAUAUUAAGACGAUGGCAUCGGAUCCGAGGCUGUCACACUAUAAUUUCAAAGUAGAGCCAACCGAAUUACAAGGAUCCAUUCCACCAGUAAUAAUUAAUAUCAAAUCUGAACCUAGAAACUCCUACUUAGCACAGAUGCUUCUUAGCAAUUCAAAAAAGUGUCCCAAAUGCAAAAUUAAUAUUUCUGAAGAGUCUUUCGGACAGCAUAUUCUAGUUUGUUCUAUAAACGAAAAAGAAACCCAACUUGAUGGGGAUAAUAAUGAUUCUCAUAUGUCCAGUUUUGAAGAAAAUCGGAAUGAAGUAAUGGAGGAAAUGGAAUGUACUGAUUCUGAACGCAGCAGCUCACUUCAACAGUCGUUGAGUGUGUCAAGAGGAAUUGAAAAUAACGAUAAUGAGGGAAAUAACUAUUAUACAACCUACAGACAUUCGCAUUGGAAUUCUGAAGGUAGCGGCAGCACGGAAGGUCUUAUCCCCUCAGAAGACGAUAAAAGUGAUGAUGACGCUGUUAACGACUUCCUUUUGCAGGACAGCACAUAUUCCUGUUCAAUGUGUUCGUUUACAACAGAUAGAGAACAAGCGUUAAGCCAGCAUGAACGCUACCACAAAAACUCCACCUUGCCCAUUUUAAAUUGCAUUUAUUGCAACCAAAAAUAUAUUGAAAAAGAUCUUCACUUGCAUAUCGGCAAAAUACAUCCAGGGCAAAAAUUGCAGGGUAUUACCGCGGCAGGCCUAACGGUAGAUCUUGAACAAAAAACAAAAUUGGCUCUCCAAUGUCCUAAGUGUAAAUAUGUCGGUAAAAAUGACCUAUUAUUACGAGCGCAUUUGGAAAGACACAAAUUUAAAGAAACUGGGAUGUUUGUUAGAAAAGAUGACGGCUGUUGGCAGUGCGACUUAUGUUCACAUUCUACGAAACAUAUUUGCGAUUUGCAAAAGCACAGAACCAGUCAUGAAUAUUACCGUAUUCAAAAAUGUCCUUGGUGUGACUUUAAAUCCACUAGUAAAAUCAUCCACUUGCAUAAAGUUAGAUGUAGCGAGAGAACAAAAAAUGUACCUGUUGAAGUUGAAUCAAAUCCUCCAGUAAGAAAUAAUACCAAUAGUAGUGACAAAACAAAAAAGGUACCAGUUGAUGUUGAAUCAGAUCCUCCAGUAAUAAAUAAUAUCAAAUAUAGUGAAGAAACGGAAAAUCUACCAGUUGAAGUUGAAUUAAAUCCUUCAGUAACAAAUAAUAGCAAAUGUAGCGAAAACACAAAAGUUGAAGUUGAAUCGAAUCCAAAUAAUAUCAAGCAAGUGUUCAAAUGUGCCCACUGUCCCUUUUCAACGGAUUCCCAACUUAUACUUAAAUCUCACAUGCAAUAUAAACACAGACUUUAUCAAUGUCCUCAUUGUUCUAUUGCUGUGAAGAGCUCAUCUAAUUUUAGGAGUCAUUUAAGAAUGCAUAAAAGAUAUUUGCAAAAUGUAAAAUGCAGCAAUUGCGACUUUGAAGGACCUUUACCGACUUUGAGAGCCCACUGUUUCCAUAAGAGUCAUAAACUUGAUAAAAGAAAUGUUAAAAAGGCAAAGUCUAAUAUGGAAGAUGAAACCGGUAGUUUAAAAAAAGAUAAGGAACCCAAAAAUCACAAGCAGUAUGCUUAUAAAUGUUAUAAUUGUUCUUUUUCAACCAUACAACGAGAAUUUUUAAAAAUUCACUUGAAAACUCACACUGAAAAACAGCCUGUCAAUAAAUGUUCCGAAUGUGAUUAUCAAUCUACACCUCAAACUCUUCAAAUUCAUAUUUUCACAUGCCAUAAAACCGAAGAGCUUGCUAUUGAACAUAAAACUGGUCGAUGCUUUGUGUGCUCGGCUAGUUUCAAAAAAAAUUUCCAUUAUCAGAAUCACUGGAAAACGCACGUCGAAGGUUCUCCAAUAAUUAAAUGUAAGAGCUGUGAUUUCAAAUCAACUCCAUCAGUUAUGAUUACGCAUCGAAAAAAAUGUAGAAAAACUGUUAAGAAUAGUACAACCUCUGAAAUCACUAAGGAAAAAGCAUUUGAUUUAGAUAAAAAUGAAGAAAAGGUUUCUGACGAAGGAAAUGCAAAAAAUACGCAAAAUGAAAACUAUGAACAUAUCUUUGUCCAGUGCAACCUGUGUGACGCAAGGCUAACUAAAAAUAGUAUGAAGAGCCACGUUAAAACUCAUGCCAAAUACCCAAUUGAAAAAUGUCAACAUUGUAAUUUUAAGUCAACUCGAAGAUAUUUACAAACUCAUAUUGGCAGUACAGGCCAUUACAGUGAUAAUAAUCGUAAUAAUUUUGUCUUCAAACAUAAAAAAAUUCAAUGUGCCCUCUGCGACGCAAAGGUUUUUAAGUCGCAUUUUCAGAGGCACAUGGAAAGUCAUUCUACACUGGAGCUUAAACAAUGUUCCAAGUGUUCUUUUAAAUCCACCCCAAAAUAUUUGGAAAGACAUGUUAAGGAAAUGGGACAUUAUAUUAGAUAUAAAAAAAAGGCGACUCCAGAAAUGACUGAUGAGGUUAAUGAAAAUAAAAAAGAAGGAAAGGAAAAGUUGGUUAAGGACGAUUCAGCUGCUUUCUCUGAUGAAAAAUCCGACAGUACUAUAAAUGCGUUUCGAUGCUCUCUAUGCUCAUUUUCUACUAACUUGAGAUUUAAAUUAAACAUGCAUAAGAAAAAAGAUCACCAAGAUUCUAUUGUUGAAAUAAAAAAGAUAUUAAAUUGCUCACUUUGCUCAUGGGCAACCCAAAACAAUCAACAUUUAGAAGAGCAUUUAAAUGCUCAUUAUAACUGCAACAAACCUGUGAUGCAAUGUGCUUAUUGCUUUUUUAAAGGUACUGCUACUGAAAUUAAAUAUCAUGAACAAUGUACUGUUCCUAAGCCAGAAAAUCGUACAAAGCCGAACAUAAAAGUACUACUCAAGUGCACUCAAUCGCAAUCCUGUAAUUUUACAACAUAUUUGCCAGCAGAAUUUAAAAAUCACAAUCAUCUAAAAUCGAUCAAAUGCGAUAUUUGCUCGUUUUCUAGUUUUUAUCAGUACAGGGUAGAUGCGCAUCUGUUGUCUCAUACAAAAUACAACAUGCCUGUAGAAACCUGUCCAGAUUGCGAUUUUCAUUCGACUCCUGCUACUUUAUCAGCGCAUAAAAAUAAAUGCAUGAAAAGAAAAAUUAUUGAGGAAAUCUUGGAUAGUACGAAAAAACGGCGAGUGACACAAUAAGGAGGCCUUAAUUAAUAUCAAAGAAUCGAAUAAUGAAACAAGGUCAGAUAGUUACCAAUUGUGUGUAUUUCCAAAUGUACGCUGAAUGGGAUCAGAGCAUGUGUACCAUAAACUUAUAAUUUUAUAAAGAAAGAUAUGUGAUUUUGUGGGCAAUACCGGGAAUAUAAUAAAUACCUGCCUAACUUGAAUUAAUUUUUAUAAUUCUCGAGUCAAUUGUGUAUGUGAUAAUGUUUCUCCCUGUUCAAAAAAACAUUAUUUUGGGCUAAUCCAAGCCAGACCAUAUUCUUGUUCAGUAUUUUUUUUUGAACUUUGGAAUUCAUAAUUAUAACAUCUUCAAUUCGGAUUGCCAAAUAAGGAAGUAUGGAUUAUAGAUACAAUUUUACACACUUGGGGGCUCAGAUAAGCCAUACGCCAAUGUUUUUAAAAUGAUAUCUGUGAAAACUUAUUUCCAUUAUUCUAUUUAAGUAAGAAUUAUGUUUAUUUUAGUUCUUUUUUUAUUUGCUUAACUUUGUUGGAUGUAAAUAAAAAUUAUUUUUAUUUUUGAUUGUUUCUAUCUUAUACCUACUGGGAAAGGAACUGUCAUUAAACGACUCUUGUUCAGAUAUAAA